AUGGCCUCAUCAUGCGACCCGUUCCUCAUGCGAUACCCGGACCAGUACGAUGGCAUCGUCCACACGGGCGCAAACGCACGCAACCUCAUGUUCGCGAACGGCCUCCUCGCCGCGUUCGUGGUCUGCUUCUACAACGACACCGCCCGCAUCGCGCGCUUCGACCACGCGGGCGCGGUCGUGACCGCGCCGCUCGACCUGCGCUCCGUCGUGGACAUGGAGAUCCUCCGCGAGUUCUUCUGGAGGUUCGUUCACCCCUGGGAGGGCGGGCCGGGGCGCGUUGUGGGGUCCGACUCUACGAUGCGGCUGCUGACGGACGAGGAUCGGACUUGGGUCGAGGGGCAGCUGGGUGCGGAUGUCCUAGCUGGUGUCGACCUCCGCGAGGGCCGCCGAGUCGAGGUCUGCACCGAGGGCGAGAAACCGCGCGGAUUCGUCCUCUUCCAGAUUGUGGCGAUGACCUCGAGCGUAUUCUCGCGCGCGACAACGGUGUGGCGCGCAAUCGAAGAUACUCGCGGGAUGGGCGCGGUGCAGGACGGUCCGCCGGAGGUGCAUAUCGUGAAGGAGGCGUGGCGGCGGAUAGACGACCCGUGGGAGAAGCAGUGCUACGCACGCCUGGCCGCAAUUCCGCCCGAGGAGCGAUACGGGCUGCCCGGGCUUGUGUGCGGAGAGGACGUUGGGGAGCGAGAGAGCGAGAAGUGGAAGGCGGAAUGCGAUCACUUGCUCCAGGGCAGGGAUGAUCUGCUACUGUGCACGGCCGUCUGUGGAGUGCCGAGUGCCUUCGGCUUUGGCUAUGGGACGAAGUCGGACGGCCUCGAGCCACUGGAACCGCCUGCGCUACCCUAUCCUAUGCACAAGACCUUCACGUGCGAUGUGGUCUCGGCGUUGGGCCAGUUGGACCGCAGCCACAUGCGGCUUGUGGUCGACACCGUUGGGCGGCCUCUCAGCGAGUUCGAGUCCAGCAAGGAGCUGGUGACGGCGAUUCGGGACGCGAUCAUGGGUCAUCGGAUCGCAUUGGAGCGGGCGGGCAUCCUGCACUGCGACAUCAGUCGAGAUAACAUCAUGCUCGUGAACAAGGAACUUACGCACUCGGGUCGACAUACCUUCAUCGGUUUCCUGCACGACUUCGAUAUAAGCUGGCUUUCGAAAGUUGUCCCGACGAAGCUGCUUGCAGACAACUCCGGGGAGGAUGUCCAAGGUUCUGAUGAGUCGGCGGGCGGGGCAACGAGGGCCACUUUUGCGGACAUGCCUUUCCCCCUGGAUGACGACGAAGUGGAGGAGCUGAAAACAAUCUUUCAUGCUGGAACGUUCCAUUUCCACGCCGCCGGUCUGCACUACGGCGAGAAUCGAGUGCGGACAGCGCAGCACGACCUCGAGUCAUUCUACUGGGUCUUGGUAUGGAUGGUCAUGUACCAUCUCCCGGAGUACCACGGUCCGCUGUUUGUAUGCCGCGAACACCGCCUCUUCGUAUCCGACGACUUCUGCGAGGCUGCCCAGUCGAAGAUGACCUGGCUUGACAGCUACAGGCUCGAGGACGUAAUCGACAACCCGCCCUUGACGGCCUUGAUGAGCGAGUUCACCAGCUUGGCCUUGAGAGGAAUUACCUUACGGGAGCCUCUGACGCACGACUCGGUUCUGGCGGUGUUCAAUGCGGCGAUCGCUCGGGAUGACUGGCCCGACGACCCCAACCAGGGUCCUCUUUCAGAUUCAUCGCUGUCGCCGACGUCAACCGCAGUCCCUGAUCGCGUAGAGCUGGAAGACAAGGUCACAUCUAAGCGCAAGUUCGAGGCGGAGGAAGAAGGACAGGAGAACGAGUGGGAGUUUGGCGAGUGGAUUGUCGAAGACUCGGACUCGGAAAGUGAAGGAACAGAGCCCAAGCGGCACAGAAAGGAUGCAUGA